UCCGUACAUCUACAUUUCACAUCAUUCAAUCUCCUCAUCCAUGAAAUCGUUGCAGUAUUAAAAUACCUUCGUUUUAAUAUUCUAUUCUUCUAGAAAAACGAUAUACGACCUCACUCGUUCGGUCGGAAAUCUUAAAUUCACACAGUACAUAAAUAUUAUUCAACUGCUUGUUUCACUCGGACAACACAAGCCAACCAUAAAGUUGAAUUGGCGGACGAUACGAAUCAACAAAACAAAACGAAACAUCCAUUGGAUAUUCACCAAUCAAUCAUCCAACGAGAAAAGCAACAUCUUUUGGAGAAGUUCUUUUUGGUAGAUCUGAUCGAAAUUUAUUCGGACAUUGGAAGGAAUAUUUAGGAAAUCAAAUAGGAGAUUUUGGUGCCAUUUAAAAGCGUUUGAAAAUAUCAACACACACGAUGCGGACUCAACGAUCAUUUCAGCUAUAUUCCGUCAUCCUACUAUGCCUUUCUACAUUUGUAACUGCAUGGCCAUGGCCCAAAUGGCUACCAGAAUUAGAUUCCAUAAUUGUAGUGCGACAAGACGACACUUCUUCGCAGUCUUCUGCUGCUGGUAUGAAUCUCACUAUCAAUAUUCUAGUGUUUACCUACUGACAUUUCAAAAGAUAAUACAGCAUCUGCCACUGCCACUGCUACUACCACAGCCACCGCAGCAUCAAGACCUACAAACACGGCAUCAGAAACUGGCUCUCAAUCAAGCGAUUCCAAGUCAACGACGAAAACGAGCUCGCAAACAGGCUCAAAUUCAGCCACCACAUCUGGAUCGAAAACAACAAAAACGGGUUCUUCUCAUUCUAAUUCUACGAUUCAUCAUACGACCUACAAUGCAACUUAUGCCGCAGGUGGUAUCUCUCUAAUGACCCCAGCCGCUGCUUCCACGACAUACUUCAAAAUUGGUGACUAUAUUACCUUCGCCUGGAAUUUUACAUCUCUCCAAGCUACUCCUACUGCUGUCAACAUCAUGGCCACUUGUAAAGCCAACGCUCAGUUAUACACGAUAGCCACGAACCAAACUGUCACGAACUCCGUACAAGCAGUAACUUGGGAUACUAGUGGCUAUCAAGCGACUGCUGUUACAAACCCCUUGCUCACGGAAACUUACACUUUGAUCAUCUAUGAUGCGGAGAGCAGUAUCAGCGCCACUCCUGAAGCGGGAUAUCUGUCGACAUACAAUCAAUAUUCUUUUGGAAUGUACGUGCCGCAGCCAUACGCUCCUCUUAAUGAUUGGGUAUGUGCUACUUGCAGCGGUGCAUUGUCCGAUAUGGAGAGACAGGCAUUGAGGUUGAUGUUUACCAUGGGUUUUGUUACUGUGCUCAGCUUUACCUGGUUUGUGACUGGAUUGGAUGUUAUUUGGUAACGGAAAGACACCAACACAAUAAUUCUUCUUCUUAAUUUCGGGCGUGUUGGAUUGGAGGCAACUGGAGGAUGAGAAGAACAUGAAGAAACAUUGGAUGGCAUAUGGGGGACAUUCCGUUUGGGCAAGAUUUGAAAAUGAAAAUCCUGGUUUGGGGUAAUGGUGUUCGGGGGUUUGGGUGUGAGUGUGCAUUUUCUGGAUUUAGCACUUUUCAUGCAUGCAUAGAUAGCAGGGAGAAGUUUAUAACUACCUAAUGAAUGAUUGAGAGCGAACUGCUUUAAA